UUAUUGUAAUAUAUCAAGUGAAACACGUUUCUUCACAAAAUAUUAGUUUUGGCAGCGUUUUUGACUAUUGCACUUACAAAUGCUCUGAUGUGGUGUUUCCACGCGACUCCUAGUGCGCUAUCUCUGCUUUCCGCAUGACUACUUGAUAAUGUGACACAAGCCGCUUCAGUUCAGCAUUCACACGCUCCGAGAGUCACUCUGAGUCACCGAGUCUCCGAGUGCGAGAAAGUCACUCGCGUUUAUCCUCAGCUCGUUUCACAUUACGCGUGUUUUGACGAGUACUGUCAGACCGGGAGACUUACUGCAAAAUAAACACCGACCGUUUUACGCGAUUUUUUAAGAGGGUGUUGGAAGAAAGUGGUCAGCGUUUGUCUGUGAAAGGCUUCAUCUAUGAACUGCAAUGAAGCAGAAUUCAACAAAGACUGCAAGACUGUGGCUACUCAUCUGUCUUUUGUUCGUUUUGGGUCAAGCAACAGACAAUGACAGAGACUUCAAGAUGUGUGGAAAGUGGCUCCAUGGCAUCGCACCUCGAAAUCUGGAAUAUGAUUUGAAAACCGGCUGUGAAAGAAUUGGCAUUUCAGCCAAUGAGAGCACACUCUCCAUUCAGGGCAGGAUCACAGCCAAGUGCACACAAUCGUCAUCCAUUCAACUAGACUCAAAUCCUCAUCAGAAUCAAAGUCAUUUCUGUGUGUUCUGGGAGCCGCUGCUGGACCGGCUGACAGUGGAGGUCAAUGGCAAGAAUCACACUCUAUGUAAACCAAACGGCCUUCAAGGAACCUGCUGCACUGACCUCUCACAAGGACUUCAAGAAAACGCUCAUAUGUAUGGUAUUGUGAAUGGCAGUGUGAAAGGUGAUAUCAUCACAGGUGAUCUCAAGGGAAACUACACAUUUGAUGGAGCUCAAAUCAACUGCAAGGAGAAGUUCUGUGAAGAGGCCAGUCUGAAGCCCAGAGGAGCAAACAUGAUAGAGGAAGUAGUGAUGAAAUCCAAUGCAAAGGGUCGUGUGGAUCUACCUUGUGCUCAGGGCACAGUCAUUGAGAUGGACGAGGAAUUCACAGGACACAAUUUCACCGUGCCAGCCCCUCGAUUUGUAGACACAAACACCAUACCCUCUGUUUAUAUUCCAUCAAGCCUGAAAUCUGUAUCAAGCAGCAGAUCCAAAGUAGUGUGCACUUACUACAAGAACAAGACAUUAUUUGAGCGAGGACCAGCUAAAUCAGCUCUUCUGGAAGACAUUGUGGGACUCUCUGUGGAAAAUGAGAUUAUCAGAAACCUCAAAGAGCCUGUCAAAAUCCGGUUCCAUCAUCGUCCAUUUGCUCCUGACAGCUCAGGAAAAUGUGUUUCAUGGGACACAAAACAAGACAAUGAAGUGAACUGGAAAGAUGAUGGCUGCGAAACAGUUAAAAUCAAUGAAGAACAGACAGAAUGCCACUGCAAUCACCUCACAUACUUUGCUAUUCUUGUGCAAGUGGAGCAGAAGAGCACAGUUCGCCAUCUAAAGGCUCUGACUUUCAUUACAGCAGUGGGCUGUGCUGUGUCCUUGGUGAGCUGUUUGGUGCUCUUCUACUGGCUCUGCAAACGCAGAAAAGGGAAGAAAAACCAGAUCUCACUGGUGCACCGUGGCCUAGUAGUGGCGAUAUUUCUGUUGUGCUUGUUCUUCAUUCUCACCUGUCCACUGGCCAAUUUUGGAAAUGAAACUGUUUGUCAGAUAACAGGGUCCCUUCUUCAUUAUGGGCUGCUCAGCACCCUCUGCUGGAUGGCUAUGGAAGUGUUUCACACCUUCUUGUUAGUGCGCAAAGUGUUCAAUUCACCCCCACCAAUUUGGAUAUUUUAUCUGAUGGGCUUUGGUUUUCCAUUUAUGCUUGUCAGUAUACUGCUCUUCGUAGGGGAUAUUUAUGGCGAAAGGAAGAUUAAACCAAGUGAUGACGUCAACAAUCCAUAUCGAAUGUGCUGGAUGACAGAGGAUGAUAAGAGUCAGUUAGCUCAUUACAUCAUCAACAUUGGCUUACUGGCAGUCGUGAUGAGCUCUGGUUUAGCCAUGCUUUUCCUUGUGGUGAGAGAGAUCCGGAACAGACCAGACUGGAAGAAGAUCCAUGUGGCUUUUCUGAGUAUCUGGGGUCUCACCUGUCUGUACGGCACAACAUGGGGUCUGGGUUUUAUCAAUUUUGGCCCUUUCUCAGAGGUCACCCUCUUCCUCUUCUGCAUUAUCAAUUCCUUACAGGGAUUUUUCCUCAUGCUGCGAUUCUACGCUCUUGAGCGGAUGAAAAAGAAAAAUGUGUCAAGUUCGGAUGGGAGCAGUUCUGGGUCUUCAAAACAGCAUAUGCUACAGACUAAUGAGAAGAGUUAGGAAGUCUGGUGAUGCUAAAACAGAAGCUUUCUGAAACUGCCAAAUGACAGUUUUUAAGAUCGUGAAAGUUUAUCCACGAAGGGCAUUUGUGAAGAUCUGUUCUCUUCCUGCCGGUCAGGAUGUUGAAUGUUGCUCAGAUGACAUUGCACUGAUAUCGAGUCCAAGAGCAACCAGUCAUUGAGCAUAAAUGCUUCACCUAUCAUAAGCUGCAUUUCUGUAUUCAUAUUCUUAGAAUGAGUAUGAUACGGUGCUUUGUUUUCUUAAGCGGCUCUUGCACUUUAGUUUGUUUGUUUUACUACUGUGUAAAACUGCUGUAAUCAUUGUGAGAUGUAGGAGUUUUAGGAAAUCGCUUUUGGUAAUGAUUUUUUUUUUUAAUGUGAGUAGUAAGUUGUGAGGCAAGUAAAGUGUUGUGUAAGUUCAAACUGCCAAAAAUACAUUCCUCAAUGUAUAUUCUUUUAGAAACAAGGUAAAUGAGCUUAGCAGACUGUAUUUUCUAUAGUUUUGUAAGUUGCACUUAAUGUUUCAGAGAUUUAUAAUGAAUCAUAGUAAAGCACAAACCUUUCCUUUUA